AUAAAGAAUGAAAUGGAUAAGGGUGUCUUUGACUUUUCCAUGCUAAAGUCGAAAAGGGCUUCGUCUGUAAGCAAAAGCUUUGGUAUCAGCAAUCUCGCAGGGGGUCUUGAGAGGUGAGAGAAACCUGUGGGUUUCAGGAGCCUGGGCGGCUGUAGGACUUGUGAAUCCCUCGCUCCUCGAAGCCGUUUCUUCAAGCUUCGCCUCUCAAUUUGCUCUUUUUCAGGUUCUGAUUCAGUCCAUCGGUUGGAGGAAGUGACAUGGCUUCAAAGCGCAUCUUGAAGGAGCUUAAGGACUUGCAGAAAGAUCCACCAACUUCAUGCAGCGCAGUUGUCAGCACAGGGUGUAUGUCUAGUUCUGGUUACCGGUAAAGAUUGUUUUAUAUAAAAGAUCAGCUUCUGAUCUUCAGGUCCAGUUGCUGAAGAUAUGUUUCAUUGGCAAGCAACCAUUAUGGGCCCUACUGAUAGCCCUUAUGCUGGAGGUGUAUUUCUAGUUACGAUCCAUUUUCCUCCAGAUUAUCCUUUCAAGCCCCCUAAGGUUGCAUUUAGGACUAAGGUCUUCCAUCCGAAUAUUAAUAGCAAUGGUAGUAUUUGUCUCGACAUCCUGAAGGAACAAUGGAGCCCUGCCCUUACUAUCUCCAAGGUGCUGCUGUCGAUCUGCUCACUGUUGACAGAUCCAAAUCCUGACGAUCCUCUUGUGCCAGAGAUUGCUCACAUUUACAAAACUGACCGGACCAAGUACGAAGCCACUGCUCGCAGCUGGACUCAGAAGUAUGCCAUGGGCUGAUUUGUAGUAUUAAGAGCUUGUACAUUGGAUGGCAUGUACGGAAAAACACUUGUGGGCUUGUGUUUUCGUCUUUUCCAGUUAUCUGGGAGGACAUGUUUCUUGUUUUAAGGUGGAGGGGAUGAUGGUGGUGUCUUGAUCUUGACAAGAAACUUUUGUUUAACUUCUGUCAUGCUAUGUAUGAUACAAUGGCUCGAACGGGAUGUUAUUUGUGUCAUGCUUGUCUUGUCUUUCGUUGAAUGAAUCCAUGUAGAAAUAGUGAUAUGCUAUUAAACCUUGUUGCUCA